CUCUAGUAACCACCCCGGUCGGCUGCCGAACCGACAGACACAAUAACAAUAUGCAGUGUAUAUUCAUAGUUACCAUAAUAAGUCUGCACCUAACAACAGCCGAUCACUACAAAACGAAACCUAACUUCGUCAAAACAUGUCAAAUAAGUGAUCCUGAUUUUGAUGAUUGUUCCAAAGAAGCUGUGCAGUUGUUGUUCAACGCUUUAGGCCCCGGCUUGCCAGAGAUUGAUUUGCCGCCUUUGGAUCCAUUGAAUAUACCGAAAAUACGCAUAUUACAAGGGGACGGUCCUGUAAAUGUCAAUGCUGCCUUGGAUGAUGUUAUUGUCUCUGGGUUCGGUAAAACUGAAGUAUUGCUCAGCCAGGUGGACAGUAAAUCGUAUGAUUUUUACACAAAAGUGCGAGUUCCAAAAAUGAGAAUUGAGGGCACUUAUGACUUAAAAGGAAAAAUAUUGCUUAUUCCAUUGGUCGGUAGAGGAAGGUGCUGGUUUGAACCAAGUAAUAUGACAAUCGACAUAGUAAGCGAUGUGAAGUUAUAUAAAAAGGAUGGCUUUACCUUCUUUAACGUAACCAAUGUUCAUGUUAAAUAUAAUAUUGGUGGAUUAAAACUGUACAUGCAUAAUUUAUUUGAUGGUAUUUCGUCGCUCGAGGAAAGCACGAAUGCAUACCUGAAUGCAAACUGGCGACCCGUGUCGGAUUCCCUGCGACCUAUCUUGACCAAAACCAUUGAAAACAUUUUGAUCGAGUUCAUGCAACAGAUAUUCCACAACUUGCCCGCAAGCUUCAUGAUAGAAGAUUUAAAAAAAUAAAACAACUGAUGUACAUUCUAGUAUUAUUUUACUUAAAUUAUUCUAGAAUAGAUUUUAACCGCGGAAAAUGGAUACCCUGACGUAAAGAAACUGUCUCGAUCUGGUUAAAAACAUCUGGGUACCAAACUUAAAUUCGAAAAAUUGCCUAACAAACAUUAACAUUUUAACAUUAUGUUUUAACUUUCAUGUAUUAAAAUGUUGUAAUGUUUUUUGUUAUCAAAUUUGGUAAAACAAAUGUGUUAUAUUUCAGACAAAAUCCUUUAUGUAUUAAAUAUUGGUGUUUUAAGUAGUAUGUAUGUUUUAGUAUGUACUCCAUAGUUAUUUCAUAAUUGUGUAAAUAAAAAUAUAGAGAUAUUUAAAAUAUAAAACUGUGUUGUUGAAUAUAAUUGAU